AUCCUUAAUUUAUAGUGCUUAUAAAAUAUAUCUAUGGUCAUUAUAAUGCAAGUUCUUUUGGCUAUUGCCUUUUUUGGCAUUUACUUCUUGGUUUAAAAAAGAAGAAUUUGAUAUAUAUAAAAAAGAAGAUUCGUGUCAGAUUUGUAUAUGUUUUACAUUAGAAACAUAAAAUAGUACCCGGUUAAGAAAUUAUUUUAAAAUAAAAAUAAAAUGACUAGUAUGGUACAUUGUCAGUUGUGGAUGGGCAACUUGGAACCCUACAUGACUGAAACAUUCAUAUUAACGGCUUUUCGAAAAAUGGGAGAAAAUCCUAUAAGCGUAAAAAUUAUGCGUAGUAAAUUUACUGGUGAACCUGCUGGAUAUUGCUUUGUACAUUUUGCUAACGACGAAGAAGCUAUUGAUGCUAUGCAUAAACUAAAUUCAAAACCGAUUCCCAAUACAAAUCCCAUGGUUAGGUUCAGACUAAACAAUGCUAGUAAUACAGGAAGGUCGCUUAUCGAUAGAGAAUUUUCUGUUUGGGUUGGAGACUUAAGCCCUGAUGUAGAUGACUAUAAUUUAUAUAGAGUAUUUUCUUCAAAAUAUAAUACAAUUAAAACAGCUAAAGUAAUUUUGGAUAGCAGUGGAUUCAGUAAAGGGUAUGGUUUUGUAAGAUUUGGCAGUGAUGAAGAGAUGAAAGAUAGUUUGAGUACAAUGAAUGGGUACAUAGGUCUUGGAACAAAAGCUCUGAAAAUAUGUAAUGCAGUACCUAAACCGAAAGGUGCAUUAACACCUGGAUCUAGCAACUCAAACACAACAAAUCAAAGUAGCACUGAUUUCAGCCAGUAUUAUGAUCCGACUACAUACUGGCAAAAUUACGCUUCUUGGCAACCGCAAGGUUAUUAUGAGCAAACUACUGAUCAACAAAUCACUCAUGAGGGUACAAAUUCAUAUGCCGAGAGGAAAGAGGAUGAUUUAGAUUUAAUCGAACAUACUACCCCUUUGGAUAUAGAUAAAAUGAAUAGGGAUAAAAUUGAUGCAGAUUGUAACCUGUGGGAUGCUCUAGAAUGUUCAAAAUGGUUACCAUAUGAAGCAUUAGAAGCUGCUCAAUGAUUUCUAAGUAUAUAUUCAUACUUUUACUUAAAAUAUAUGUCAACAUAGUUUAUUUGAAUUAUGUCACACUAAUCUUGUAACAAAUUAGUAGAUAUGAGAUUAUUGUGAAGUUAAUUUGUAAUAUAUUUUGACCCCAACUCAAAA